AGACACGGUAAAAGUCGCAGGUGUCGGUGCUUGUCUGUCCACCCCGUCCACUGUGUUUGAGCGGGCGGGGAGGGACAGAGGAGAGGAAGGGAAGGAAGGAAGGAAGGAAGGAAUGAGUGGAGGAGGGAGGGAGGGAGCUGCUGCGGCUGCUGCUGCUGCUGCUGGGUGAGAGAGAGAGAGAGAGAAAAAAACUAACACAGCGAAAACACAAGGUAGCUGCUAGCUGAGAGGGCAGCAUGGCGGGGCUUCAGGACUUCCAACCAGGCAGCCACUGUCACAGGAAAACGUGGAUCAAUAUACUACUCGGAAUACUUCAAUUACUUUUACCCUGCGUCCAGCACGGAGGGGCUCAGCUGCAAGCCAUGAGUCAGAUGUCCACCAACGUGGUCGAGGUCUGGCAAGCAGAGGACGCAGAUCCCUUAGUCCAUCUUCAGGUGGAGAAGGAACGAAGAAAAGAUGUUCUUCCACUAGAAGAAGGCUCCCCUCUAUAUACACAGGAGAGUGGGAGGCCGUUGCAUUUUCAGCCCCCAGCGUUGGAGUUCGGGACGCAGCCGCUGGGGCUGCCGAGAGCUGAAACCAUAUAUAUACACAACCCCAGCCAGGAGGUUCCUGUGACACUGCUGUCGAUGUUUACAUCCAGCAGGCAGCUUUACAUACCUUUCUAUCACAGAAGAGUGAUCCCGCCCAGAGGGAAGGCUUCUUUUAAACUAAUUUUCCUCCCGUCUGAGGAGGGCAAUGUAGAAAACACAUUAUUUAUAAACACAUCGGCCCAUGGGCUACUGUCAUACCAGGUAUUUGGUGUGGGAGUGCACCAGGGUUCAUUAAAGUCUGUCCAGAGAAAGGACAGUGUGCUAGUAUUCCCUCACAUCCAGAGCAUUAAGCUGACCCAAACUCAGGAAGAUGCCUCCAACAUCACCAUACUGGGUCUACUCCUGGAGUGCAGCUUACCCAAGAGUGCGGUCAGCAAUCCUCAGGGGUCCUGCCUCCAGAGCGAAGAGCGCCUCAGUCUGCAGAUUAAUCUGUCUGCGCAUGGCGACCGGCCCACUGACCUGGACAAGCUCAAGCCUUAUGUCAUUGAGCACAUUUUGGUGCUGCUGAUGGCCCCCGCGGCUGGACAGGCUGCAGGAGGCGGACCAAAAAUAGGAGUUUAUAUGUUAAAUUCUGGAGGCAAGAAGCUCUGUGUAAAGGACAUGCAGGUGCUAUCAAAAGUGGAGGCCGGCCUGGAAUUUAAUCAGGUUCUUCUGAGACCGGAGGCAAAAAACUUCACUGAAGUGGCCACACUUGCCUGCAGAGGUUCAUCGCCGGGCCAUGACGGGAAAUGCAUGAAUCAUAUCAGUUUAAAAAUUCUGGGAAACCGGACAACCUACAGCUUCCCUGGACUACAUAUGACACACAGAAGGACCAUGGGGGAUUUGUUCAGCCUGGUCCAGGUGAAACAAAGAGAUGUGGACCAGGUGGACCUGUGGCUGACGAACUCCCUCUUCUUACCCGUCACUGUGAUGAAUGUCAGCCUCUCACAGAACCUGCAGGGACUGAUGAAGGUGAUGAACUUCAACGCUCCACUGAGCGUUCCCCAGGGCUGCUGGCGUAUCCUGUCCCUCCAGCUGCUCAGCAGGACCCUGCCUGUCAACCAGGUGUUCACCCUGAGUCUGGACACCAGCCUGGGCACAGCCCUGCACAUUCCCCUUUAUUUCCACUCUUCUCCUCUCAAGCAGGGGGAAGUGGUGUUUGAGGGGAAGCCUGACUGUGGACAACCGUGCCCUGUCAGAUUGUCUGAAACCGGGCGUUCAGAUUGGCAGCGUACCCUCCUCCCCGACUUUUCCCCCUCGUCUUGGUCCGUAGACAGCAAACUGGCCGCUGAGCUCUGCUCUCGAUGGCAGAGCAACAAAGACAAACUGCCAUGCAGGUGGCCCAGGCUCCCCGUAGAGACGUCCUUUCCUCUGGACUUUGGUGCUACACCCGUCAAUGAGAGCAAGGUGAAAACAUUUGUGCUGAAGAAUCCUUCGUCUUCAGUGGUUUCUGUAGAGAUUCGGAUCCUCUCCCUGUACCCGGCCCCCUUAGAGGCUCUGGACCUCCUAACCAAAUGGUUUAAUAUCAGGCCCCUUUCUGUCAACAUCAGCACUACUGACUUUUCUCUCUUGGCUUCUCCCCCCAAGGCGGGUGAAAACGUGAAGGCCAUAACAGGAGAGGGUGUCCUGCGUCUGCUGCUGCAGCCCUGGGAGGCCAGAGAAGUCGCUGUAGUCUUCACUCCCUCUGAACACAAACCCACCACCACCAUUCUCAUCAUCAGGAACAACCUCACGGUGUUUGACAUGAUGACGGUGCAGGGCCACGGGGCCAAAGAGCUGCUCCGAAUUGGAGGCAAGCUGCCCGGCCCGGGGUCCUCUCUGCGCUUCAACGUUCCUCAAUCGACUCUAAUGGAAUGUCGUGACGGCCUGCGCACCAACAAGCCGCUCUUCGCCAUCAGAAAGAGUUUCCGGGUGGAGAAUGCAGGAGAGCUUCCUCUGACGGUCAUGUCGAUGAAUAUUAAUGGGUACAAGUGUCAGGGAUUUGGCUUUGAGGUCUUGCAGUGUCGCCCCUUCAGCCUGGACCACAACACCUCCUCUGAGGUCACCAUCGCCUUCACCCCAGACUUCACCUCAUCCUGGGUGAUCCGGGACCUCACCCUGGUGACGUCACGCGGCACCUCUUUCCCUUUCACCCUCAAUGUGACGCUGCCCCACCACAUGCUGCCUCUGUGCGCUCAGGUGGUCCCCGGUCCCAGCUGGGAGGAAACCUUCUGGAUGGUCACCAUUAUCUUCACAUGCUUCUCCCUGUUUGGUGUGUGUGUGAUGGCCUUCCAUCAGGCCCAGUACAUCCUUAGUGAGUUUUCCACACCGGCCAUCAGGAGCAACCACAACUCUGUCCUGACGCGGGAUAAUGGUGCAAUCAAUAAUAUGGCACCCAAUGGAGUGAAUAAAGCAAAGGGCAGCUGUAAGAGCUACGUGGACAUCUGUCACACCUCAGACAAAGGUAAAGGCCGUGGCUCUCCGGCUGUGGCCAACAUCCCCACCCCGCGCCCUCAAUCAUCCUCAAAGAGGGGCUCCUUAACCGCCUCGUCCCAAACACAAAAGAAACACAAGGUUUCACUCUAUUACACCAAAUACAAGGCGAGUCUGUCCACAGCAGUGCCUGAUGCUAUGACGAUGGAUGAAGACCAUGAAAUCCUCACACCAGAUCCCCCUCUGACUCCAGACCCCGAUGUCUGCAACAACAACAACAACAACAACGAACCAGCUUUCAUCAGUGUGCUGGAUAAAAAGACGUCCGUGGACUUUAAGGAAGACCCCAUAAGCACUGUAGAAGAUAGAGUGCCAGCAGCAGUUAUGUUUCCCAUGGAAAUGCCUGCUGCUUUCCCAGAUAACGUCACAGUCGGUCCAGGACCGAGACCCGGCCUGCUAGUGUGCCGGCCUGUAGAGAAGAGCUGCAUUGACCGCUCUGCAGAGAAGAUCAGCUCUGAGAAAAGGGACCGAUCUGAAAUGGAGCUGAGAGAAGAUAGCAAAGUCCAGAAAAAGAAAGCACAGAGUGCAGAGACUGGCACUGCAUCAGGAAAUAAUAAGGGAAAGAGGAGUCGCAGGAAGACAGAAAAUGUCUCCAGUGCUCCUGAGCACAACGUGGUAGUGAUACCGGAAAGGGAGAAAGAACCUGAUUGGAAAACAGGGGACCGUAACCUCCAUGGACCCCGCAACAGGAUCCGCUGCUGCAACGGCUCCAAGUCCGAAGCGCCGAAGCCCGGACUGAGCGUCGACAGCCCCCACAAACAGAACGGUGUGUGUCCCGUUCGUACUCGACGGAAGUGCGCCACGGAGCGCCGUGGCGGCGCAGUGUGUGAGUCGGGCUCGGACUCCGGCAGCUCGUCAGGCAGUGUGCGGGCCAGCAGAGGGAGCUGGGGCAGCUGGAGCAGCGCCAGCAGCCUGGAGGGAGACAAGGACCCCAAUGCCCGAACACACGCCUGCACUACCUCAUCCAGGAAAAGGGACUCCAUGCAGUAUGGCGUCUACCCAGCAGAGAGAGACUGCUACCAGACCGUGAAUACAAACUACAAGACUCUCAGCAUGAACAGUUUGUACCGUAAAGACAUUUGCCAAAGCCCAGAUCCCACAGCGUCCAGCUUUGCCCCGAGUUUUGCUGCUGUUGCUGCAGGAGUAGACAGGAACAUGGACCUGACGGGUCAGUAUUUGCCUGAAGAGACGUGGUCGGCUCCGUCCAUCCCCCUCACCAACGAGUUCAGAUACAACACCACCGACGCGCUGCCCUACAUACCUCAGCCGGCAACCACCGCGUCAUACAACGGGUUUACUUGGACUAGUGCCAACAACCAUUGCAACAGUCCCUACGCCUACCGCGAGGAAAGCAACUACAUAGGAAAUGGAACUUUUCCGGGCGGUUUUCCGGGUCAGGAGGCCCAGAAUGCACACGGCAAUCAGACCAGCUGGACUGAGGAGCAGCCUCAGGAACCAACCUCCACCUGGGACACAGCAGCCUGUGUGGGCAGCAAGCCAUACUUCUCGGGUACCCGCAGCCUCUCCCCCAUGUCCGGUCUGUUCGGGUCCAUCUGGACGCCUCAGAGCGAGCCCUACCAGAGCCACUUCCACCCCGAGCGAUCGGCCCCGAUGUCCCCCGUGUCCCCCGUCACCCCGCCUCACUCUCCCUUCACCCGGGAGCCCGAGGGAACCUGCGCACCCCCCAUCCAGUACUCGAGCUUCAACCCCUUCGGCCCCCACAUGAACCUGGACAUAUGGAACUCUUCCUCCAACCGCAGCUCCAACUCGCAACUCUCCAACGACUCUGGCUACUGCGGAGAUGUUUAAAAACUAAACAAAAGAAAAUAAACAAAAGCGGGGCAGACCGUAACGAUACUUGCAAACGUAUAAAAAACAAAAAAACAUUGACAUGUAAAAGAAAGGAAAUAAAAAUGAAUGUUCUUUUAUCAUUAA